AUAGUUUCCAAACCUUGGGACAGCGGCGUAUUCCAACGAAAAGGCACCACAAAUCGCCUCAAAGAUGUAAUCCUACGAUCACUGGAGGGUGAGAACAUUAACAUCGCUAUCAUGGGUGGGUCAAUUUCUGCAGGUGCCGGUCUGACAAAUGAUGGUGAAGACCUACGAGGCCUCUAUUACCGAGUUUUAAGUGACUGGUGGCGCAAAACAAUGCAGCCACUCACAGGGUCUGACUUGAAACUUAACAAUCUCGCUAUUGGUGGAACCAGCAGCAAUUUUUAUGCUUUUUGUUACAGUGUUUUUUUGAACCCUAAAACUGACAUGGAUCUUGUGUUUCUUGACUUCACCGUGAAUGACUAUGUUCAGUUUAAAGACUCCAUGUUUCCAAUGGCUCUGCCACUGGAACAACUUACUAGGGAAGUUUUAAGCGAAGGAAGUUCUCCCGCUGUGAUGUUCGUCAACUUUGUUCAAGGCGAUCUUAGACGUCCAAAAUGUGACAAUUUGGAGAACCACGGCCAGACACUUCUCGCUAAACACUAUGGAAUAACAACGUUUAGCUUGAGAAAGUUGCUAUGUUCAGGUUUUGCAGGAAAACGGAAAAAGCUUUCCAAAAUGUUUGCAACUGACGGCAAUCACAUCAGCAUCAUAGGCCAUGCUCAAAUGGCAUUUAUGAUGAUAACCCAUGUGCGGCAAUUAAUUCUUAACGUGCUCGAAAGCUUAAUCACAACCAAAAAAGUGAAAGUAACUGUUGAAAAAAUGUCACUUCCAUCAAUUGGCGAUAGGAUAAUUUUACCAGACUGUCCUCUAAAAUUUAGAAAUCUUCCAGAAACCUUGUUCAUGAGUAACCGUCAAAAUCUGCGGGAACGCCCCAGGUGUUUCACUCAAAUAACACCCGACUGUACAAGAAACAUCACAGCACAUCAAAGUCUGCAAGUAAAAGCAAUCGGAAAUUUUGGAUUUGAGGGGUUUCAGAAAAUAGCUAUCAACAAUGUAGUAUUACCUAAUGCCACAUGUGAAGUUAAGCAAUUUGGUGAAAUCCAGACUCACAGAACAGAUGCUUAUGGCGGGUGGAAGUCCAAGUCUAAAAACUCAAUGCUGGAAUUAGAAAUACUUAUACCAAUCACGUCUCUCUCAAGGAAGUGCAUUAUGGACGCUGCAACUCAGACAAGAAAGGUGGCAAUAGCUGUUCGAACGCACGGCAACGGUGGACAGGCAAAAGUGUGGUUAAAUGAACAUGAAGAAAGAGGAAUUUUAGUCACCACUUAUUCACUGUUUGGCCACACUAAACUAUACACUAUUGCCAGUCACGUAAUGCCCGGGCGGCAUGUGAUUAGUAUCAGAACAGAAACCCCAGGGGUGUUCAUUUUAUCGGGUGUUAUGGCCGGACCGACUUACAAAUGACACAUUCCUGAGAUGAUUAUUUUGAUAGAUUAUAUGGAAAUUGGGCUAAUAAACGGGGUCUUGCUAAAAGCAGACCUGCCGCCUUUUAAAAAAGCCUAAGAGCUCGCAGUCCGUAGUCGAUUGCCCUGCUGCCUUGUCCAACAAAGGUCAUCGUCGCCUACAAUGCAAUGCAAAUGAUGGUGAGUUCUUAUGGUACUUUGAUAAUAUCAGUCCCGCAGUUUGGUGAGGUGACGCUGACCUUUACUUGGCACGCGAACACAACGGAGGCCUCAGGCAGUGGGCUAUGAGGUUAGCCGUGGGCUGCGGGUGCGACUGACUUAGCCUAGCGAGACUAAAUUUAGUUGAAAUUGCCCAGAAUAUAUUUCUCUGGAGGAUAUCUUGAUAUGAUAGCAAUGUCAUUAACCUGAGUGUGAAAAUAUCUGUGGCGAUUAACAAUGACUGAAGAUCGCUUAGUGUGAUAAACACCUGUAACAUCGACAAGUGAUCUUCACCCGUCUACUGCAGUUGAAGUCAUCGUCAAGGGACCCAUCAUCAAAUUACGAUAAUAGCUGAAACUUUUUGCAGGUUGUAAUUUUGGCACACACUAAAGACAGGUUAACUAAGCUAAGCUGAAAGCUUUUCAAACUUAACUUGACAUAUAAAAUAACUAUAUUCCAUGUAAACCUGAGACAAAAAUCUAAAAUGUUCCGUAAAAUGAUCUGUUUAAUCCUUCAAGUUAUGUACAGUGCAACAUCAACACAAAUAGGAAAAGACUGUCAUUCCAGUUUACAUAACAAGCAGCCUGAAGUAAGAAACAAACCACCUGCAGUGAACCUGACCAAAAUCUACUAUCUCAAGCGUUCGAUUCAAAGAAAUCCGUUCGAAGUUUGGUACUUCAAGGAUAAGUUGAAGUCUUUGGAAGAUUUGUUCCUUACGGCCGAAAAGUAUAACAACCAGAUUGUUGAACGACGAACAACAGAAUAUCGUCUUAAAAAUCUUAUGGAAAAAGUUCUACUCGGUCAAGAUAUUGGCCUUAUUGUAAUAGGUGGAUCAACAUCGGCUGGAGGUGGAUUAAUCAACGAUUUCUCUAAUCUAAAAGGAAUUUAUUAUCGUGUGUUUGUCGAUUGGUGGCAGAAGGCCAUACAACCUUUUACUGGAUCUCGCAUCAAAUUGCGGAAUCUCGCCGUUGGAGGAACUGCUAGCGACUUUUUUUAUUAUUGUUACAAAACUUUGAUGAGACCUAAAGAUAGCCCAGACAUUAUCCUCCUUGAGCUUUCAAUAAACGAUUAUCUUCAAUUUAAGGACUCUCAAAAGCCAAGAGCGUCAUCUCUUGAAAAACUUACGAGGCGGAUACUUAGGGAAAAAUCUUCCUCGGCAGUGGCAUAUGUCAAUUUUACUCCCGGAAAUAAUAAAAUUCCCAUGUGUGACAACCUGGAAAAUCACGGGCAGACUAUGCUAGCCUGGCAUUAUGGCAUUACAAGUUUCAGUAUGCGCGAGUCGUUAUGUUCAGAUGAUCGAGAGAGACAAAUUCCAGCGUUUUUCACUGCGGAUGGAGUUCAUAGUGGUAAUAUUGCCCAUGCACAAAUCGCUUUAAUGAUAAUCAAUAGCGUUCGUAAAGCUUUAUCAAACACCAUAACAAAUACCAAUCGAGGGCUAUUUUAUUUACGAUUUGUCGACUUACCGAGACCUGUUUAUUUUGCGGGCAAAGGGGGAUCUGUUUCAGGCCCUCUCUGUUACACUCGCCUCACACCCGACGUAAGUAGCACUUUCUUUAAUCCAUCCCUCUCUGUCACAGAAAUAAAAAAUACGGGAUUUAAAAGAAUUCAAAAUCUACCUAUCGGUGUUUAUAGAAGCAGUUCAUGGGAAAAUAAACUCGGGCCUGUGCGGACUGAUGGUUUUGGUGGAUGGGAAGCAGAGAAAGUAGACUCUAUUUUACAACUACGAAUUGAUUUACCUUUUAAUGGCAUUUCUGGGGAUAAUCAAACUAGAGAUGUUCUUAUAGCCUUCCGAACAAACGGUUAUGGAGGAAAAGCAGAAGUUUCAUUGAACAAACGUAACAACAGCGUCUAUGCUGAUGCGUAUUCCACAUCUGGAUUUACACAAGUCGUUAAUGUAGCGCGUCUAGUAAAACCAGGAAGCCACAAACUAAGUUUUAAGAUUGUAAAAGGCGGAAAGUUUGCAUUAUGCGGUAUCAUGAGUGCAGGCUCAGAACCCGAACUGUGA